CUCAAGGACACCUCAGUCAUGCGCUGUCGGCUCUGGGGAUCGAACCGGCGACCUUCUGGUCAUGAGGGUGGUUCUCGAACCUCCAGCCCACGACUGCCCCCAGGGAUAGCAAGCUAGCUAGCUAUCAUCUUUUAGCUAACAUUACUGUGAGCAACACCAAUAACACAUUACCUAGGUAGCUUUGCAGUUUGCUAGCUUGUUGUCUACUUAAAGGCUUUGCCAAAGAUCCUAAAAACAGGCAAAGAUACCACAUGCCUAGUCAAUGGGUAAUGCCUAGUCACAUGCCUAGUCAAUGGGUAAUGCCUAGUCACAUGCCUAGUCAAUGGGUAAUGCCUAGUCACAUGCCUAGUCAAAGGGUAAUGCCUAGUCACAUGCCUAGUCAAUGGGUAAUGCCUAGUCACAUGCCUAGUCAAUUGGUAAUGCCUAGUCACAUGCCUAGUCAAUUGGUAAUGCCUAGUCACAUGCCUAGUCAAUUGGUAAUGCCUAGUCACAUGCCUAGUCAAUUGGUAAUGCCUAGUCACAUGCCUAGUCAAUGGGUAAUGCCUAGUCACAUGCCUAGUCAAUGGGUAAUGCCUAGUCACAUGCCUAGUCAAUUGGUAAUGCCUAGUCACAUGCCUAGUCAAUUGGUAAUGCCUAGUCACAUGCCUAGUCAAUUGGUAAUGCCUAGUCACAUGCCUAGUCAAUUGGUAAUGCCUAGUCACAUGCCUAGUCAAUUGGUAAUGCCUAGUCACAUGCCUAGUCAAUUGGUAAUGCCUAGUCACAUGCCUAGUCAAUUGGUAAUGCCUAGUCACAUGCCUAGUCAAUGGGUAAUGCCUAGUCACAGGCCUAGUCAAUGGGUAAUGCCUAGUCACAUGCCUAGUCAAUGGGUAAUGCCUAGUCACAGGCCUAGUCAAUGGGUAAUGCCUAGUCACAGGCCUAGUCAAUGGGUAAUGCCUAGUCACAGGCCUAGUCAAAGGGUAAUGCCUAGUCACAUGCCUAGUCAAUGGGUAAUGCCUAGUCACAUGCCUAGUCAAUGGGUAAUGCCUAGUCACAUGCCUAGUCAAUGGGUAAUGCCUAGUCACAUGCCUAGUCAAUGGGUAAUGCCUAGUCACAUGCCUAGUCAAUGGGUAAUGCCUAGUCACAUGCCUAGUCAAUGGGAAGUUUUACAGCUCCUGUCUGCCUAAGUCUGGCCAAAGUCCUUAGAGGAAAGUGUGUCCUCUUGCUGGUCAUCUCUGCAGUGCCAUGGGCAGUUCUAUCCCUAUCUCUUUAACAGAAAUCGCAUAAACAGUUUGUAUUAUUUGGUGCAAAAAUCGCACAAAACCAUGUUAUGUGAGGUCGUGCAAAGACACGUAUGUCCACGACAAGGGGAGCUUUUCCUGCUUACGGCUUUACCGGCAAUUUGACUGUCUCUUUUUACUGCAGGGCAGAACUUUCACUGUAAACAGACUGAAUGUUGAGCGUAUCCCGUUCAUUUGUCUCCUCCUUUAUAAUGAAGUCACAAAAACGGCCACGUCUUCUGUAAUCACAAAGUGGGAAAAAGUAAUCGGUGAGACUUGUCUGGUGGGUUUUGUUGUCUGCAUAAAGGGGCGAUAGAGCAGAGAACUUGUAGAGAGGAGAAUUACACUUUCUGCAGUGUCUUCUGGGUUUUUCAGACACCAGGGGGCGCUCCUGAGCGAGUCCAAAAUGAAUGAGCUGAUAUGGAGCAUUUGAGCAAAA